AUGUCAACUUCUACAGAGGAUGUCAGCUCUUUGCCAAGUGAAGGGUCUGAAAAUAAGUACUGCCAGCCACCGCCCUCUUAUUUUCCUCCGCCUAGUAACAAUAUACAGCUUCAAUGGAAACACGUCUACUCUAACCAAUCAUCUAUAACACCUACUACAAAACUGAAAACUUCGAAACAAAAGACACGUAGCAGAAAGACACCCGCUGCAGAGAAGGAGGUUACGAUUUCAAAUCAGAGAAUGGAUGUGAUGGAAUAUGAUGUAAAUAAAUAUGAGUUUUAUAAUGAACCACUUGAAAAGGAUGUGUCAUGGUUGAUGGAAGAAACAAAGAGUCUGUUAAAUUAUCUGGAAGAGAAUUUUCGUGACUAUAAAGGAGUUAAAGCAAGAUUCUAUGAGAAGGCUGCGGAGUAUAUGGAUACAGGGAAAACAGGUGAGCAGGUCAGAAACAAGCUAAACAAGAUGGUUAAGAAAUAUGAAAAUUUGAAGAAUGAUCAGAAUACUAGCGGAGAAAGUAGAAAGGUGUGGGUUCACUUUGAGCAAUUAGAUAGAGUGUUUGGAUGUCGUGAUAAUAUCAAUCCUGAGUAUGUUGUUGAUGGACAUGAUGUUGAAAAAAGGAGGAAUGAGGAGGAUUGUCAAAAGAGUUCAAAGAAAAGGAGAAAAAACGAGGUAUGUAUCAAUGAAUCUCUUAAAGAUUCUAUUGUGUUGCUUGGGGAAGCGAAAAAGAUGUCAAUUGAGUUUAAACACAAGGUAUUAGAAAUGAAGACAGAUGUUGAAAAAGAGAAAUUAGAAAUCGAGAAGGAGAAAUUAAGGCUUGAACGAGAACGUAUGGAUAAGGAGUUAGAAUUUCAGUUUAGGUUAAAGGAAUUAGAGUUGAAGUACAAAUACAGAGUCGCGCUUGAGAAUGAUAAGGAGUAA